AAGCUUUUUUAAAAUGUCAGAAACUACCUUUCUUAUAUCUGAGGUAGUUAGAUGAUAUUUUUGAAAUUUGGUUACACACGGAGGGGGAGUUCAGGCAGUUUGUUGAUACGCUUAAUAAAGUUCACGAUACUAUCAGAGUGACAGCAGAAUUAAGUAGAGAGAAACUAGCUUUCUUGGAUACACAGAUAUAUUUUAAGGGAGUAUCAGAAUCCAUGAAAAAACUAUGUGCUAAGGUACAUUUUAAAAGCACAGAUAUGCAUGCUUUGCUACAAAAAGGGAGCUAUCAUCCCAAACACACUUUCAGGGGGAUAGUUAAAUCACAGUUGAUCAGGUUUUAUAGGAUCAAUAUAGAUAGGGAGCAUGUGCAGGAAGCUACUAGGAUUUUGUUUUCAUCCCUUUUGAACAGAGGUUAUUCUAGACGAUUUCUGAGGGAAAUUAGAUUUGAGGUGGAACAAACAUAUAUGAAGUAUUUAGAGGUCCCGAUUAAUAGCACAAAUAAAAAAACAGGGAUUCCUCAGAUUAGGGAAUGUCAAGGUAAUAUAUCAAAUGUAUCAGAGAUAUCUUGGUUAACAUUGCAUGAGUCAGAUGGAGAUCUUACCGAUUCCGUGGGGCAGGGGAGUGACCUCCCUGGGUUGUAAAAGAUCCUCAAUUGGAGUGAAUGACCCAAAAAAAUAGUAUAAGUAAAAGGAUAUCUUUUUUACCUGAAAUGGAAUGGACAAUUAAUUUUCUGAACGGGGGUACUUACCGGGGGGUCUAUCCUCUUCUUCCUUCUUCUUACGAUGUUGGGACAUCCGGGACCUGCAAAACAAACAGUUAGAAAAAGGUAUCAAUUAAGAUAUAAUGGUUUGUUAAUAGGUCUAGGACGAUGUACCUAUACAGAAAGAUACUUACCUGUUUUAACACCUGUGGAUAUCUUAAGGAUGGAGAACAAGACAUGGGAGGAGAAGGGAGAUAAUAAUAGGGAUGGAAUCUAUAUAGAUUUUGGAAGGAGUAAGGGGGUUGAUUUCUUUGAAGAGGAAGGAUACUUACCUGAUAUGGAAGUUUUACAAAGGAUUAAUUUUGGGGGUGAAUUAGAUUACUCCUGGAAUUUAACUGACCUGGAAUGGAGUGAUAGGAUCCCUGAGGUUAACCGGAGGGUGGAACCUGAUGGUAAUUGGAGGAAUAUAGAGGAAUUAAGGUUAAUUUUACAGGCCAACCCCAGCCCUAACUCUAACCUUAAAGUCGAUGGGAGGAUCCCUGAUGUUAAGAUGGUAGGGGAGGUGCCUAAGGCUAAAACUCAGAGGAGGGUGUCUAAUAUUAGUCAGUGGGGGGACCCUGAUGUUAACCUUAGAGGGGGAUCGGAAGGGAAUCGGAAUGAUAUUAAAGAAUUGAUGUUAACAUUACAGACCAACCCCAGCCCUAACUCUAACCUUAAGACCUAUGGGAGAAUCCCUGAUGUUAAGAUCGUAGAGGAGGUGCCUAAGGUUAAGACUCAGAGGAGGGUGCCUAAUAUUAAUCAGUGGGGGGACCCUGAUGUUAAUCGUCAAGUAGGAUCUGAGGGGGAUUGGAGUGAUAUGAAGGAAUUAAGGUUAAUUUUACAGACUAACCCCAGCCCUGACUCUAAUCUUAAAGCCUAUGGGAGAGGCCCUGAGGUUAAGAUUGUGGGGGAGGUGCCUAAGGCUAAGAGUGGGGAAAUAGAGAUAAGUGAGGAAAGGAAGGAAGUAAUAGAUCUUUGGAGGGAUAGUGAUAUUGAGGAGAUAGGAAUGCAAUUGGAAGUAGAGAAUUGUGAACAGGUUGGGGAGGAGGUGGAGAUGGUGGUGAAGAGGGAUAGGUCUAAAAAUAUAGUUCCUCUGAUUUUUACAUUUUCCACACAGGCACAAAUGGUAGUUAGGAUCUUGAAACAGAAUUUUUUAACAGCACAAAUUUUGGAUGAGGAUUUGACAGAGAUUAAAUUAGUAUCGGCGUUUAGGAGGAAUAAAAACUUAAAGGAUUAUAUAGUGAGAGUGUCAUGCACAAUUCGUAAAAAAAAACAAAAUGGCAGAUCCCCUAAAAAAAAAAAAAAUAAUAAUAAUAAUAAUAAUUAGGAAUCCGAUAACAGCAAAAGAGCGAGCUAUUUUUCAAGACCUAACAAUAAUGUCCAUAAAUUGUAUUUAUGCCAUUCAGUGUAAAAAAUAUGGCCUUAUUUAUAUAUGGGGAAACGAAGAAUACAGUCAAGGCAACGUUCAUACAACAUUUAAGGUUAAUAGAAAAUCAGACAAAGGGAACUAAAUUAUACUUACAUUUUAGAGACCCGGAACAUGAACCUCUCUUCUUUCCGUUGGAAACGGAGAGUUACUGGAACAAAACUAGGAGGUUAAAAAAAGAGGAAGAAUGGAUAACUGCUUUAGACACUAUCUUUCCGAAUGAACUAAAUGAAAAAUAAAGGGAAUAGGAAUGCAUGAAUAGUGGUCUUUUUUGUUUAGAAAAGAAAUUAUAGGAUUAAAAAUAAAAUGAAUAAGAACUAUGAGAAUAGGACUGUGGACAGUGAACCCGAGCGCACCACCUAGGUGGUAUCCCCUACCCUAACCCUAACCCAAUUAACUCAUAGCAGCAUAUUAAAAGGUUAUCCCCUGACUCAUUAACAAGAGUUCAUAUGUCUGCGAGUUACAGUUACAAGGAAACUUAAAGAUCUUUUUAAACAUAAGUUUGGCAGUCUGAUGAAAAGUACUACAUAAGAUUUUAAUAGAUGUUAAACUGUACACUUCUGUCCUGCUUCACUUGUUCAAAAUAUGGAACCAUUGUAUAAAUAUGUUUAAGGAAAACACCUCACUGUCUGCUGAUUAAAGCGUAAUUUUGUCUUCAAGCCUUCCCUCAACUAUACAAUAUUUAAGUGUUGGAAGACACUUGGCAUCUUAACUUUCAGUGAUCUUUAUAUUGAUAAUAUGUUUACACCUUUUGAUCAGCUCCGUUGUAAAUAAUUUGUUUAGCACACUUAAUUUUCAAUUUUGUAAAAACGGAAUUUGCCAAACCUCCCUACUCUGCCAGUAGUGCUCACAUUAGAAAAUAUUUGAAAUAGUAAAGAAAAGAAUAUUGUCUGAGUUUAUCAAAUAUUAUCAUAGUGUUCACCACUAGGAAGGAGACCUCUCUAUCAAGACUCAAGGAAGGAGUGGAAUUCGAUCAUUUGCAACAUUCAUUGUUCUUUAGGUGCAAAACACACUUUAAUGUAGCAGAAAAUCAUACGCCAGACAAACAACCUUAAAGACAUCAGAGAAUGGACCUAACUGUGAACUGUGCCAGUCAGCUCUGGCCUCCCUCUGACUUACGUUUUGGGAUAUUGUUCAAAAGUAAAGCCCUUUUGUAAAGAUGUGUUCCUUAUCUGUCAGACAGUCCAGGAUGGACGAUCAUUUCAGAUCCUCUUAUGCCAGUGUUUGUGGAAUUAUUUAAGAUGAGCAUAGACUAUCUGGU